AUGGUGAGGAAGAGAAAGGCAAGCGAGGGUGUAGAAGAGAAGGAAAGCAAUGAUGGAAACAUGGCUUGGGACCAAAUGAUGGAGGAGGCUGAAUCACUCCAUGGAGUUCGGAGAGCUCGAAAACGAUACCUUGGGGUGCGGCAGCGGCCAUCAGGGCGAUGGGUGGCUGAGAUUAAAGACACAAUCCAAAAGAUUAGAGUGUGGUUGGGGACUUAUGAUACUGCUGAGGAAGCUGCAAGAGCUUAUGACGAGGCAGCUUGCUUGCUUCGCGGAGCUAAUACUCGAACAAAUUUCUGGCCUUGCUCCCCAUCUUCAAAUUCAAAGCCAGCUCUUCCCCCAAAGAUUGUCAACCUUCUGUUACUUAGGCUUAAAGCUAGAAACAAUGCCUUGAUACCAACUACAACUUUUCCUGUUAACCAAGAGGAGCAAGAAGCAAGAGAAAUCGAAGAAAAUCAGUUCGAUCACUUCUUCGAAAUGCCUGGAGAUUUCAGCAUUUUUGAAAAUAGUGGUACUGCUAAUAGCACUACUGAUACUGUGACUACCAGUGACCACAUGAGUGGUUGCUUUGAAUCAAGUUAUAUUACAGAAGAUCAUGGGAGCACUUGCGUAUUUGAAGUUGAUGAUAAUUGGAGUAAUGUUGAUGGCACUGGUAAAGGUGGACAGCAAGAAGGUAGAGGUGACGAAGAGAUUGAUACGGGGCUGAUUGAUUUUCAAUUUGAUGAUGCAUUAGGAUCAUCUUGCUACCAUUCUCCAUUUGACAUAGCACAGGAGAUGAUGGAGCCAAUGGAGCAGGAACAUUACGGGGAAGAGCCGCCAAUGCUUAGGGAGAUCAUCAAGCGGUGGAAGCAUGAACGCAAGUUCUCAGCUUCUCUUUAUGCCUAUAAUGGCGUACCUGAAUGUUUAAGGCUGGCAUUCAGAUCAGGAAUGCCAGCAGUGGCAAAUUGUGGAUAUGAGUUGCCAUCUAACCUUAGAAUCAACAGUAAUAACAAUGAAGAGGAAGAGAAAAGGGAUGGCAAGGGAAAAGAUGUCAAAGAGGAGGCCCAAGAAGUGGUUGGGAUGCCACAAACACCAACAGAAAAGGGGUCGUCUUCUUCUCCCUCUUCUUUGAGCAAGGAAGGUGGUGAAUUGUCUCUUUGGGAUCUUCCUCCUAUCUGCUUCAAUAUUAUUUAG